AACCCUUAUCCCGCGUAAACAAGCGCGAAGUGCCCUAUACAAUUUGUUAAUAUAAUACCGAUCACAUGCUUGAUAGACAGUUAAAAUGAGUGAAUUCACUAUUCACCAUCAUGUCAGUGAGCUCAUAACACUUUUAGGGGUGAGGUCAUCAGAUCCUAUUGGAGAAGAAGUCUACACUGAAAAACUGCUAAAAAGUAGAACACCUUACGUUACAACCCAGGUUUCCUCAAGCCAAGCUAAGAAAAAAAUAGCAGAAUCUUCUAACACACCAAUUGAGUUUUUGGCUAAAUAUGAUGAACUGAAAGGAAAAAAUGUAAGGGACCUAGAUCCUUUGGUUUAUCUUUUGUCCAAGCUUUGUGAAGAAAAAGAGACCAAACAGUUUCUGUCUAAGAAUGCGCAUGAAAAGGCGGAGCAAGAAGGGAUGACAUUGAUGCCACACAGUAAGGUCACAGGUCAAUUGCCAACUGCUGGAACUAAAAUGACAGAAGAAGAACUAUCAGAGAUAAAAGAUAUAUUGUUAAAGCAAGCAAAAGUUGUUGAGAAUCCAUCUUCAGAUUUCUUAACUAAGGUCAUGAGGGAUAAACAAAUCACCAGAAAAGUCAACAUUCCUCAACAGCCAGACUGGUUAUUUAAACGGCCCUACCUUACUCUAGAUUUUAUGACUAUUGGAGACUCUACUGCAAAUGAAAACAUAGUAGCUUUGGGAACAAUGCCAACACAUUAUCAGGAGCAAGCUGUUUUGGAUGAUCUUCUGUUGUUGAUGAGGGGUAUUGAUGGUAAAUAUGUCAUUCCAAGACCCCUGGCUGAAAGUUACGCUCCCAGAGAGUUUCUUAUUGAUCAAAGUUUAGAUGCUUCAGUUCAAGAGCUUGUAAAGAGAAUUUUGCCUCUUUGUUCAAACUACUCAACUGUUGUAAUGUUUAUCAAAGAAAAAUCCUCUUUUGAAUAUGGUCUUGUAAAUCAUGCACUUAGUCAGGCUAUGGAGACGCUUAUUAAGGAUUACUUGGUUUUGGUAGCACAACUUGAGCAGCAAAUGAAAUUGGGCCAGUUGACACUACAGAAAUUGUGUUUUUAUCUUCAACCUACCAUGAGAAUACUUGAGAUUCUUGCAUCUAUUGCAAACUCCAUCAAUCGGGGCAAGUGUAUUGGUGGUGCUGUUUUGAGUUUGCUGCAUGAAAAAACUGCUUCAAUGAUUGGAGAUGGCAAGAGCUCAGAGCUAUGUCUCUAUUUAACCCAGACAGCAUGUGUACCUUACAUGGAAAUAGUAGAGAAAUGGAUCUAUAGAGGUAUAAUCCUUGACCCAUAUUCAGAGCUGUUUUUCCAUUUUCAGUUCCUUGUAGAAGAAAACCAGACCAUAAACAAAGAGAAACUUCAAGAAGAUUACAAUGAUGCCUAUUGGGAGAAACACUACUCAGUGUUUCAGGAGAGAAUUCCAGUGUUUUUAGAGCAGGUUGCAGACAAAAUUCUCAACACAGGGAAAUAUCUAAAUGUUGUCAGACAAUGUGGUCGAGAUGUGAAGUGUCCUUUUGCUGAAGAAUUAGUGUAUACAGUAAAGGAAAGAAGAUACUACGAUCAAAUAGAACGGGCCUAUAGCUAUGCAAGUCGCUUGUUACUGACACUUCUUUUGGAGGAAAAAGAGCUGAUGGCUAGGCUAAAGUCAAUAAAGCAUUACUUCCUGCUGGAUAAAGGUGAUUUCAUCGUACAGUUUAUGGACAUGACAGAGGUUGAGAUGAACCUUAACAUUGAUGAUAUCCUACCUUCUAGACUGGAAUCACUGUUAGAGCUGGCUCUUAGAACUAGCACUGCUAAUGUUGACACUUUUAAAGAUGACCUAAGAGUUGACCUGCUCCCAUUUGAUUUAACAACACAACUUUUACAGAUUUUAGCUAUAGACUCUAAGACAGAAAAAGAAUAUCGUAGAGAUCCAACUGAAAUUCACUUAUCUGGAAUAGAGUCCUUUUCUUUUGAUUAUGUAGUGAAAUGGCCAAUGUCACUUGUUUUAAGUAGAAAAGCACUUACAAGAUAUCAAAUUCUUUUUAGACACCUUUUUUACUGUAAACACGUGGAGAGACAGCUUUGCAAUGUAUGGAUAGGAAACAAGCAGACAAAGUUGUACACCAUCAGCAGGUCACAUUGUUAUUCUUCCGCCUUUGCCUUGAGGCAGCGCAUGCUAAAUUUUAUUCAGAAUUUUGAGUACUACAUGAUGUUUGAAGUCAUUGAACCAAACUGGCACACAUUUCAGCAAAACAUGUCUAAAGUAUCUAAUGUUGAUGAUGUUCUGGCUUUACAUGGAGACUUCCUGGACUCAUGCCUCAAAGACUGUAUGUUGACAUCUACAGAAUUGUUGAGAAUAGUUCAUAAACUACAAGUUGUUUGUAUUCUGUUUUCAAACUACCUCCAGAGAGUUAGCCAAACUAUAACUGUAGAGAGUGAAAUGGAAAGACUUCGUGACAGCUCACUGCAGUCUUCCAAAAGCAAUCGAGAGAGGAAGGAAGAUUUCCAGAUGAAAAAAACUGCAGCAAAGAUUGUAUCUGAACAUAUUGACAAAGUGUUGGCAGAUGCAAGUUUUGAGGAGGCCAUCUUAGGAUUUGACAAAGACUUUUCUAGACUGCUUCUAGAGUUAUUAGAUAAAAUAAUGGAUGAAAAUAAUAAAACAUAUGAGCACAAACUUUUCAACAUUAUUUACAGGCUUGAUUUCAAUGGAUUUUACACAGAGAAAUUGGAAGCAAUGUCUGCAGAGAGAGCUCUAAAAGAUCACUCUUUUAUUUCUGAAUCAAGUGCUCAUUCAAGUGCUUCUAGUGGGUCUUUACCAACCUCUUUCACUACCCAACAUCCUGAGGGAGCAAGGUAUGUUCCAGGACAAUACAAAGGAAGGAAAGGUUCAGUACCAGGUUCAGAGAAAUAAAGAUGUUAGUUUGGUUGGACACUGCAGAGGUGGAUGGCAGGAGAGCAUCAAGACAAUCUGUGAUAUGGCUUGCCUUUAUUUUAACUUCAUUGUUUGUUAUGAAUCUCUAUUCAGUCUGACUUGCUUAAAGUCAGUGACAGCUUGUGCCUAUUUGUCAGUGCAAGAUUUUUUAAAAAUAUGUAAACAUUGUUUUUAACUAUACUAUAAAUAAAUAU